CUUGCGUGCACCAGCCGAGGCAGCACCUUUGGCAAGAGAUGCACCUGGGGCCUGGGUGAGCAGCAGGGCCCUGCUGUGGUCAGCUCACAUGGUUGGCAAUGAUCUGGGCGUCAGGAGCUUCUGAGCAGCUUCUGUGGCUGCCCAGCGCUUGGCCAAGCAGCACCGUGCCUUCCUUGCAGUGCUUGCACUGUGCUUUCCUUGCAAUGCUUGCAGCCCCUAACUGGUAUUACUGCGGCACUGCGGUGGUGCCAGCAAGUGCCUACAGCUCCUUCGGGGUGCCUCAUCCUGGCAGGAAGGGGCUGUGUCAGCCCGGGGAGCUGCAGAACUCUGACUCCCCACUGCAAGAAAUCUGCAUCAGGACAAGCUUGUAAAACCAACCCAGCACAUUACUUUUAGUGACUUUCAAAAGUCAGGAAGUGAGAAGUGACCGUGAAGGCAGAGUCGAAUGCUUCAGAUGAGGAAAGUGGUGAAGGGAUCAGAUUGUGUCAAGCAGAGAGUAAAAAAUAUUUGAGUCAGUGCAAAAUCCUUGCCAUGCCUCUGUGGGCAGAAACCCUGUCUCAGCGGCGGUGAGCUGACCCCUAAAUAUUUCCUGCGCCAGUUCAGACGCAGCUCUUGGUGCAAGGACCUUGCUCAUUACAGGGAGAUUGAAAUCCAGGGCUGCUAAUAAAGGGAUUUGCAUGUGGAUGUUGUGGAAGCUAUUAUAGUCAGGUUUUGCUUGUUCCACUGGUGUCAAAAAGGUGGAUGUAAUUGUCCUGGAUCUGGUUGGCAUAGUCUGCAUGACACAAGCGUGAGCACCGUCAGGAUCCGGCCCUCCAUCAGCUAGCUCACUGGCGCAGGAGAGGCAGCUGGUGGGGCCGGGGAGACACGGUGCAGGGCAAACGCCAGCCAAAGCACAGCACGAAACUGGAUUACAAAGGCUCGGGGAUGGCCGGGCCAUGCCUCUGGCCGGAUCUGACAGCCAAGGAGUCCUUGUUGCCUCCGGAGAGCAGGAUGCGUCCAGAGAUGUCCCAGGAGGUUGAAAACUUGAAGGCGAAUCUCCUGGACCAAGCCCAGGAAAUCAGCAGGCUGCGCUCAGAGCUGCAGGGCGGCACGGACCUGGAGAAGCACCGGGACCUGCUGGCAGCCGAGAACGAGCGCCUGCGGCAGGAGAUGAAGGCACGUGAGGGGGAGCUGCGGGAGCUGCGGCGGCAGCAGGCACAGUGCAGGGGCUGCACCCACCUCCAAGAGAAUGCCGGGCUGCAGGAGCGGCUGUCCCAGCUGCAGCGGGAGGCAGAGGAGGCACGGGCCAAGCUGGCAGAGCUGGACGUGGAGGUGCAGCAGAAGACGAACCGCCUGGCUGAGGUGGAGCUGCGGCUCAAGGACUCGCUGGCCGAGAGAGCCGAGGAGGAGGAGCGGCUCAGCCGGCGGCUGCGGGACAGCCAGGAGACUAUUGCCAGCCUCAAGUCCCAGCCCCAGCAGAUAAAGUACAUCAUCAAGACAGUGGAGGUGGAGUCAACCAAGGCGAAGCAGGCCUUGUCAGAGAGCCAGUCCCGAAACCAGUACCUGCAGGAGCAGGUGGGGAUGCAGAGGCAGGUGCUGAAGGAGAUGGAGCAGCAGCUGCAGAACUCCCAGAAGACAGCAGCUCAGCUCCGGGCCCAGAUUGCAAUGUAUGAGUCUGAGCUGGAGCGGGCCCACGGGCAGAUGCUGGAGGAGAUGCAGGCAAUGGAGGAUGAGAAAAACCGUGCCAUUGAAGAGGCGUUUUCCCGCGCCCAAGUGGAGAUGAAGGCGGUGCACGAAAACCUAGCAGGUGUCCGGACCAACCUGCUGACGCUGCAGCCAGCGCUGCGUACCCUCACCCAUGACUACAACAGCCUGAAGAGGCAGGUCCGGGACUUCCCCCUGCUCCUCCAGGAGACCCUGCGGAGCGCCAGGGCUGAGAUCGGCCAGGCCAUCGAGGAGGUGAACAACACCAACCGGGAGCUGCUGCGGAAGUACCGUCGAGAGCUGCAGCUCCGCAAGAAGUGCCACAAUGAGCUGGUGCGGCUGAAAGGAAACAUCCGUGUCUUCGGUCGGGUCCGUCCCAUCACUAAGGAGGACGGUGAGGGUCCGGAGGCAGCCAAUGCGGUGACGUUCGAUGCCAACGAUGAUGCCGUCCUUCACCUCCUGCACAAGGGGAAGCAGGUGUCCUUUGAGCUGGACAAGGUCUUUCCACCGCAGGCGUCCCAGGAGGAGGUGUUUCAAGAGGUUCAGGCCCUGGUUACUUCCUGCAUUGAUGGCUACAAUGUCUGCAUAUUUGCCUACGGACAGACAGGGGCAGGAAAAACGUACACAAUGGAGGGAACCUCUGCAAACCCGGGGAUCAACCAGCGGGCCCUGCAGCUGCUCUUCUCUGAGGUGCGGAGCAAGGCAUCUGACUGGGACUACGCCAUCACUGUCAGCGUGGCUGAGAUUUACAACGAGGCGCUCAGGGACCUGCUGGGGAAGGAGCCCCAGGAGAAGCUGGAGAUCAAACUGUGCCCUGAUGGCAGUGGGCAGCUCUAUGUGCCCGGGCUGACCGAGUUCAGGGUGCAGAGCGUGGAGGACAUCAACAAGGUCUUUGAGUUUGGCCAUGUCAAGCGGGUGACAGAGUGCACCAACCUGAACGAGCACAGCUCCCGCUCUCAUGCUCUCCUCAUCGUCACUGUCCACGGCCUCGACCGCAGCACGGGACUGCGCACCACAGGGAAGUUGAACCUGGUGGACCUGGCCGGCUCGGAGCGCGUCGGGCGGUCAGGCGCAGAGGGCAGCCGGCUCCGCGAGGCGCAGUACAUCAACAAGUCACUAUCGGCGCUGGGGGACGUGAUCUAUGCCCUGCGCUCCCGGCAGGGCCACGUGCCCUUCCGCAACUCUAAGCUGACCUACCUGCUGCAGGACUCGCUCAGCGGGGACAGCAAGACCCUCAUGAUGGUGCAGGUCUCCCCCGCCGAGAAGAACACCAGCGAGACACUGUGUUCCCUGAAGUUCGCAGAGAGGGUUCGCUCUGUGGAGCUCGGCCCCAUCUCACGCAAGGCUGAGCUGGCGUCCUGGCCCAGUCAGGAGCAGCUGGAGGUAACCAAGGGGGACGUGUCAGGGACUGCAAUAUCCUCCAGCCGGGGCCAUGCAUCGCCCAGCCCAGGGCCACCCAGUGGCCGUGCUACCUCCAUCCGCAGGAAGCUCCAGACCUCAGGGAAGCUGAGGCCAGUCCCUGUGUGACAGGUGCUGGCUUCUAGCACCAGGCCCGCUACAAGACUGGGCUGCUUGCUGGAGAGCUGUCUGCUGGCUGGAGAGGGUGAAGGCUUUGGUGCGCUCCCCUCGCCCACCUCAGUGCCCCAGACCCACCAGGAUCCGUGACCGGGGGUAGUGGCAUCCCUUCCUGCCAUGGCACCUCUUCCCAUGAGACAUACAGCUCGGUGACUUCUUUCUUGCUGGACGGAUGCUUUUAGCCAGGAGCGGGAGUGGGAAGCUGCUGGGUGCUCCCUCCACCUUUCCAGCUUUUUUAGGACAGUUGUGCUAUCUGGCUGGAGGGAUCAGAACUGCACACAAGCUGGAGCUGGGUGGUCCCUACCUCACCAAGCUGGGAUGCUGCUGCUAUAGGAGCCUGGCACAGUCCUGAGGUACAGAAUGAGGCAUGGGGUGCGCUUGGCUGUGCUUGGCCUCCCAGAAACAAGGUUCUACCCUGCUUCAUGUUAUGGCCAGGCACCCACCCAGCAUCUUCUGGAGCAGCACUUCCCAUAUUUGAAGCUAGAAAAAGCCCAGCAACUCCUUUCCCCAUAGGUUUCAAGCCCUGUUGCACAAAGGGCCGUGCGUGCGCUGAACUGCUGGGGUCCCAUGCUGGCCCACCCUGGGAAGCUCCAGACGGAGGGAAGAGCAGGCACGGGUCUGCCCGUGUUUUGUGGCAGCUGUGUGGUCUUAGCAGUCUUGAAGGAAGCUAUUGUAAAGUUAUUUAACAGUUGUCUUCUCAACAGCGAUCACAGUGUGGUCAAGGUGAAAGUGUUUGAAAUAUUUAUAUCCCGUUUACAUGGUUGUGGAAUGAAAAACAAGUGUGAAACAAACCUCCAGCCCAGACUUAUUAGCUUACGUGUCGUGACAGCAGCUGGUGGGGUCAGGGGGGAGGCAGCAUAAGAGCCUGCACCCCUCCUGGGACAGCCAGCCCUAGGUCACUUUCUUCUCCAGCAAACACCUGACUGGAUCCUUCCUGCCAUGGCCAUCUCCUGUCACACUUCCACACUGUAUUCUUAAAAAAAAAAAAAGGGGGGGGAUAAAUCUAGUCUUUUGUAAGAGUAGAUUUUUCUAUGUAUUUUAAUUUAAAAAAACAAAACAAAACGUUUUAUAACAAAACUUAUAUUAAACUGUUAAAGCCA